CCAAAUUUGAGGUUACGCCUAUCACAGGUGACGCACGGGACGUAACACGGAAGUAACGACGUGAACGUCGUCCGCUGAGGAUACAGACGCUUCCUGUGAAAAUAAGGUGUCCUAUGUUAACUUCCGAUUGAGAGAGAAGGAUGGUCAGCAUGGAGCUCUAGAAGUGUCAGGACCACCAUGGAAGCGCCAGUCACAGCCUCCCCUCCCCCCAACUCCUCCAACCUGCCCGUCCCACUGCCCCUCCAUCCCGCCCUGGCCCCUUCGGUCCAGCUCGGCUUCACCAUCCUGUACACGGUGCUGUACGGCAGCCUCUUCCUGGCGGUGUACGCCGAGCUCUGGCUUCUCUACCUCUACAGACACAAACGAUGGAGCUACCAGAGCAUCUUUCUUUUCCUCUGCCUCCUGUGGGCGGCACUGCGCACCACCUUGUUCUCAUUUUACUUUCAAAAUGCGCUGGAGGCCAACCGCCUACCUGUAGUGGUCUACUGGCUACUUUACUGCUUCCCCGUCUGCCUGCAGUUCUUCACUCUGAGCCUUAUCAACUUGUAUUUCACUCAGGUUCUGCUCAAAGCCAGGGAGACUUACAGCUCAGAUGUAGAAAAACAGCUGUGCAGAGCCCGCUGCAUGUAUGGGGUGCUGAAUGCUGUCUUCUUCUGCGUUAACGUGGGCUGCGCAGUUCUCGGAGGCCGCGGUGAAGACACAGGGGAGCGGACUUGGACUCUGGUCCUAGUCCGGGUGCUCGUCAACGACUUACUGUUCAUCCUGAAUGCGGUGCUGCUCGCUGCCCUGCUGCUGAUGCUGACGCGACACUCGCGCUCCACGGGGCCCUACCUGACCAGCAAGGGUACCACAGUGUGUCGCACAGCAGUCCUGGGCGCCACAGUCAUCUUGCUCUUUGCCAGCCGGGCUUGCUACAACUUGAGCGUCCUGGUUUUGUCUCAGCACCACCACGUCGAGUCUUUUGACUUUGACUGGUACAAUGUCUCUGACCAGGCUGACUUGCGUGAUGAACUAGGCGACAGGGGCUACCUGGCCUUUGGCGCCAUCCUCUUUAUCUGGGAGCUGCUCCCAAGCAGUCUGCUCAUCCUCAUCUUCAGAGUCCGCAGGCCUGCUCAGGAGGGCAAUCAAGUCAGCAAUCUGAACGUCAACAACAGGCCCCUACCUCGUCCUUAUUUCUUGGAUGACCCUCAGGGUAAUGAGGAGGAAAUAGCACCUCUGUGGACUUCCACCUACCAGCCUCACUCAAGUUGGUACGGAUCGGAGACCGCUCCUCUUCUGUUUGCCAGCAAACCCCCAGACCGAAGUCACCAGCAUCAUUCUUUGUACUCCACGCCCCAAAACUGAUGCACAGACCUCUCAAGGAAAAACAAAAGCCAGCUCGCCAGUCAGUCGAUUAUCUGUCUGGUCUGUGUUCGUUUUUUUGCACUGAAAACCUCAGGAAGUGUCACCAAUCAAUAACUGCACCUUUUAGCGUUUUUACCAACUACAUCAAAACAUAUUUUGUUGUUUCUUAAAGGGAACCAACUCAGAAUGCCAAACAUUUGAGUCGGUACUCUGACAAGGUUGAACUUGGGUUUGGCUGCAUUUUUUUCACUUUUCUAGAGGUCAGUCAACUAUUAAAGUGAUUUAAGCAUUGUAAAUAAGCUCUUAAAUGUCCUUGAAAAGCUUCAUUAGCAUUCCUCUUUAAAAGAAUGUAAGAGUGGGCUGACCAGUAAUAACAGCUUUUCAUCACUGCACUCUUUACUAUCCCACUGGUUUGUGUAUAUUAUUUUAAAAUAUUUUCCAUAGUAAUUUUUCAAUACUCCUGUGAUUAACCUGUAUUUUUAAUGAAACCCUUACUGGUAAUUUAUUGUAUUAACAGUUUGGCUGACAAUUGUAGAAAGACAUUUAAUGUGGCUUUGACUCGAUCACAUUUACUGUGUAAAGAAUUAAAAUGUACUUGUACAGCCUG